AUCUGUUCUUUGUUCUCAUGAAUUAGAAGGUAUUUCAACUUUGGGUGCAGUUGUUCUCAUAGCAGCUAUAGUAAUUAUUGUUAUAAUGAUCAUCAUUGCAUGCCUGAAUAAAGCACGAAAGGACAGCAGCACUGUCACAGACUUCAAACUGAGUCACCGACCAUGGAUAAAUUCUUGAAUGAUAUGGAAAGAGAAAAGCCUAUCAGGUUUACUUCUCAGAAGCUUAGGAUUGCAACAGAUGAUUUCACCAACUUGCUGGGAACAGGAGGUUUCGGAGCUGUAUAUAAGGGGAUAAUCAGUGAUGGAACAAUUGUGGCAGUGAAAGUUUUACACGGGAGCUCAGAUAAGAAAAUGGAAGAACAGGCAGAAGUGGGCACAAUUGGAAGAAUUCAUCAUUUUAAUUUGGUUCGACUCUACGGUUUCUGCUUUGAGAAAGAUCCGAGAGCUCUGGUUUGAAAUUAUGAGUACAUGGGGAACGGCUCGCUUGACAAGUACUUGUUUCACAAAAACAAGGCCUUAGGAUUCGAGAAACUUCAUGAGAUUGCAGAUAGCACAGCCAAAGGCAUUGCUUACUUGCACGAGGAGUGCCGACAACGAAUUGUACAUUACGAUAAAAAACCAGAAAACAUUCUCUUGGACGCAAAUUUCUUUCCCAAUGUAGCUGAUUUCGGUUUGGCAAAGCUCUGCAACAGAGAAAACACUCAUAUAACCAUGUCAAUGAGUGUUGUGGUUAAAAUAUUGGAAGGAGUGGUAGAGAUUACUACUCCUUUGUACCCAUUUAGACAUGUUUUGGUGGCAUCUCCAGGGCCUCAGCUACCAGCAGAUACCUAUGUCCCAGGAAGCGGAAGCACUUUUGAUUUGAGUUCUUCAAUGGCUACAGGAUCUUCGUUCACUUGUGCAACUCCUAUCAUGGGGAAAUACGAGAUUGAAAUUGCUACCUCCACCUAAAUCUUCUAAAGAACUUCCCUCCAAAACUCUUCUAUC